UGCCCUGACCUUGACGAAGAGGAGGAGACUGAUUCGGGAGGGGAACAAGCUGGUCAUCUCGCUUAUGAGGAACGAUCCAUAUCUGACGUUGGCACUUCGGCCAGCGACUUUGACAGCACGGGCAAUUCCUUGAAUGACACGGAAGAGACGGAAAUGAGGGAACGGAGAGAUUCUGGAGUCGGGGCUUCCUUAACUAGGCCGUGCAGGAAGUUGCGGUGGCACAGCUUCCAGAACUCGCAUCGGCCGAGCCUCAGCUCUGCAUCUCUGGAGAUCAACAGGCAGUCCGCCGCUCAGCUCAACUUCUGCAGAAGCUGUCCCUGCUGAGACUCACCCGCCAUCAUGGAGAAAUAUUCUGUGCCCAGCAAGCA